GUCCCUCCCCCCCCGGUACCUCCUAGACUGUCUGGAAAGUUCUCUGCCCUUCUUUAAGCGUCUGUGAGAUGCCAGAUUGCAGGAUAACGUGGACUGAAGGCAACAUUGCGUAAACCUCGUAUUAUAAGCCGAUAGCAGCGUGACUGGUGAACUAUAGCAAAGGACCUCUGUUGCUAGUUGGUAGUUGUGCUGUAUUCUCGAGGAAGUUAAGCCAGCUAGUAAACGUUGAUCAGGUUGUUGCUUGCAGCACUUGAUCUGAGGAGUAGUAGGGGCUUUAGCCACCGUCACUAUUAGCCAGUGUUAGUUUGGAUUGUUGUGCAAGGCAGAGAAGGGACAGAUCAGCUUCAUGACGAUGACUGCAGAGGAACAAACAAGUGAAGUACAACAUACAAUCCCCCUGGAAGGAGAGGACAUCACACCAAAGAAAGAUGGGGGUGUUUUAAAGGUGAUCAAAAGGGAAGGUACAGGCACAGAACUGCCUAUGUCCGGCGACAAAGUGUUUGUACAUUAUGUGGGCACACUUCUGGACGGGACUCAUUUUGACUCCAGUAGAGACAGAGGAGAGAAGUUUUCCUUUGAGUUGGGCAAAGGACAAGUAAUAAAGGCUUGGGACAUCGGUGUAGCCACAAUGAAAAUUGGAGAGUUGUGCCAGCUCAUCUGUAAGCCAGAGUAUGCCUAUGGCUCUGCAGGCAGCCCACCCAAGAUACCACCCAGUGCCACUCUUGUUUUUGAGGUGGAACUGUUUGAAUUUAGAGGGGAAGACAUAACGGAAGAAGAGGAUGGAGGAAUCAUCCGACGCAUUAUCACUAAAGGAGAGGGAUAUUCUAAACCUAAUGAAGGAGCAGCUGUUGAAGUAACCGUGAUAGGGACCUGCGAUGACAGUGUAUUUGACGAGAGGGAAUUAAAGUUUGAAAUUGGAGAUGGCGAGAGUUUCGGUUUGCCAGCUGGAGUCGAGAAGGCUAUCAUGGCUAUGGAACAGGGAGAGGAGGCGGUCUUCACAAUUAAACCUAAAUAUGGUUUCGGGAAUGCAGGAAACGCAAAGUUUAACAUUCCUGGUGGAGCGACAUUGCAGUACAAGAUUAAACUAACAGCCUUUGAGAAGGCUAAGGAAUCAUGGGAAAUGAACACCUCAGAAAAGCUGGAGCAGAGCAGCAUUGUCAAAGAGAAGGGAACACAGUAUUUUAAGGAGGGAAAAUAUAAGCAUGCAUCAGUGCAGUACAAAAGGAUUGUGUCAUGGCUGGAACAUGAAUCUGGUUUGUCAGAAGAGGACGAUAAGAAGGCGAAAGCACUGCAGCUCGCUGCACACCUGAAUUUGGCCAUGUGCUUCCUUAAACUACAGGAGCCAAACAAAGCCCUGGAACACUGUGACAAGUCGAUGGAGUUGGAUGCAUCCAAUGAAAAGGCGUUUUUCCGAAGGGGAGAGGCACUGUUUGGAAUGAACGAGUUUGAGAAGGCGAGAGAUGAUUUCCAAAAAGUGGUUCAGCUGUAUCCUGCCAACAAAGCUGCCAAGAACCAGGUGCUACUUUGUCAGAAACGUAUAAAGGAGCAGCACGAGAAGGACAAACGCAUCUAUGCCAACAUGUUCCAGAAAUUUGCAGAGAGGGAUUCAAAGAUUUGA